GUGAUAUUUUUCUGGAAAAUCCUCAAAACCACGUUAAUAAUCCUUAUUUUAGACGUGAUCACAUCUUUACAUGUGCAGGUAUAAUUAAGAUACACACAGCUGCUCCUUUAUAAAGAUUACCAGUCUGUUAAUGGCCCCUCUGCACUGUAUAUUGUCAUGGCGGCGUCUGAUUACCAUGGCAACUGAUUACCGUGUUUUAUCACUAGUUAACCUGACUACGUGGUCCCGUAUAAUUAGUGUAAACUAGGUGUGAGCCGGCUGUUUAUCUCACGGGUUUUCUGGUAUCUCAAUAAUAGAUUUGUUGGAAGUUGUAGUAGUUGCUGGUAGUAGGCUAUCGGUAACGCUGUGUGAUCUCUUAUUAGUGGGUAUUAAACAGUAAACACCGUUUUAUUAUUUAACAGAGCGCUUUUUUUUGUUUUGUAGUUAACAAACUUGCGGGGAGAAUAAACAUGACUGUAUUAGUUAUCUUGAAAGAUGUUGUUUGAACACACAUAUGACGAACAUAUCGUUUUUUUAUUUUGAGACUUCAGUUUGCUAAUCCUUAGAGUUUAACGAGGGUGGGAAGUUAUUAAAGUCUAGAACUAGAAAUAUUUGCACUUUUCUUUACAUGUGCUUUCGUAGCUUUACAACUUAACUUUGCAGUAAGUAUCUAGAGGACAGAUAUUUUGAAUAAGCUGAACGAUUACCAGUUUUGCGGUAGCCGAAACAUUUGAAUUGUUAUUUAAUGGCUGCGCACUGCUAAUUUUUAUAUUAUAAUUGCAACAUUGAUUGCAGCUAGUGUUAGGCUGCUCACUGCUCAGAGAGAUUUACUUUUAAAAUCACUUGAAGUUUUCUCUUAAGUUUUAACACAUAAUAGUAAUACCAAAGGCUGAGAUCUUAUGUCCGCUGAGAGAGAUUAGUGCUCGAACACAAAAUUACUGACGACUCUAUAAAGACACUGCUCCCCACUGUUUAACUAAACACACUUGCAAGGCACUGCUGUACUACUACUACCAUAUAAAGUAAUGUUACCAUAGUAACACUACCAUAUAAGGUAAUGUUACCAUAGUAACACUACCAUAUAAGGUAAUGUUACCAUAGUAACACUACCAUAUAAGGUAAUGAAACACACCCAACCCACUAGCAGGGCACUACUUCACUACUAUAACUCUGUUACGUUGUCACUAGUGUGUAUCAGUGUGUUGUUCUGAUGUGUAAUAACUGAGGUCUAUUGGGCACCAACAUUCAACAACCUAGAACAAACCAAGAACUGAUAAUUGAUAAUAAUUUAAUAAUUGACGCUGCAAAAAUUGGAAUUUUUGUAGGAUUCUCCCAGCACAAAGCUGUAGUAAUAUCAUGUUUGUAUAUUCGUGUGUUUCUGGUUAAUUAGCUUACAACUUUAACUUGAUUAGGAUUACUGAUAAGAGGAUCAUAUUGUUCUGUAAUUUCGUAUCUUUCAUUCAUUUUGUUUGUUUUUUUAACAACAAUUUGUGCUUUUGGCUUUUGUAUUUCUUUUGUAUGUGAUAUGUGAGACGUCAAAACGAUACAUAAGGCAGCGUCAACAAGAAAUCAGAAUCGACUGUCACAGAUUCAAGCUUGACACUGAAGUUAAUGUAUAACAAGUUUCGUUAUUAUUAGAUUUACUCUGCGAGUAUAACAAAGCAUUCUGUGAAAAGUACGGACUGCUUUUUUGGCGCCAAAACAAGCAGCCGGCACGUUUAUUGAAUGGCGAUUAAAGUUAUGUGGACAAUUACCCCAGCCUAGGCAUUCUAUUCAGUUUUAUCAUCUCUGAUGAAAGGUUUAUUUGCAAACUUUUUCAAAAUAAACUCGAAACGCUCGAUUGAUUAAUUUAGUGAUCAAUUCGAUUACUUUUUCAUUGCCCUACGUGCUUUACCUUUCUCAAAACAUUCUUCACUCUUAAACUUUGUUUAUAUUUCAACUUACAAGGUGUCUUAUAGUUAUAAUAAUUAUUAUAAGUAGUAAAAAGAAACAGAAUGUUCUCCUUCGGAGGGGACACUAGAACUUGUACUGACAGAAACCCCAGAAAGAAAGAACAGAGAAGUAAAAGUAACAAGGACUCUAUAAAGAUAAAGGGACUGCUUUCUGCAGUGAGCGCUUCAGAGCCCCCAGUUAGGAUACCCACUACUACUGUAACAGCACCCCCAGAACCGGACUUGUCCCGGAUACACAGCGGGUUGAUGACGCAGAUACGAGUUGCUAACGGGUCUGCAGUCAGAUCACCCUUACUUCACAAACGAUACAAAAACUUUGACGGAAUUUCUGGAAAAGACGACAGUCGGAUAAAGGAUGUGGACUCAAUGGAACAGUUCAAGAGAGCCGUCCUCUCCGCUCACGACUCCCUGGUCUGUGUCACCUUCAGUGCUAAGUGGUGCGGACCGUGGAGGAUGAUAAAACCUGAUGUUCACAGACUCAGUCACAUUCACGGAGACGUUAUCUUUUACGAGGUAGAUGUAGAUGAUAACGAAGAGAUUGCAGCAGCUCGGCGAGUUGUGUGCAUGCCAACAUUCCAGUUUUUCAAAUGCGGUUACAUGCUAGACAAGUUCGCUGAGCCGAACAGGAUAAAAUUGGACGAGACAAUAAGGAAGUUAAGGAGGCUGGAAGUAAAGGAGGACGAGUACAGAUUCGAGCGGUUCCCGCCUGUCAUCUCAAGCAGAGGUUAACACCUGACACAAACACACAUACCUUUUCGGACUUUACUUGAACGGACAUUAACUGGACGCUAGAGGCCCUACCGUUCAUUUUUAUGUCCCUUCAUUUUAAUGUCUGUUAAAAUUUUGGCGGACGCCCUAAGUAGAUGGCCGUUCAAAAUCAUUUCCGUUCACACAAUGUCCGGUCAAAUAAGUUCCGAUAAGGUACUCACACUCACACAUAAUCACAUACACGUGAUUAGGACUUUAACAUAAAGUGGCAAGUUCAAAUGCUGUAAAGUCGCUAUAAAGUUGUUGUAAGAACUCAAGAUAGUCUAACACUGAUACGGUUAUAUUAAAAAGAUGUUACGAGUGAUUGAUAAGAGCAGCUUACAUCUUUUUAAUUUGAGACAAGGGCUAAAAUUGAGACACACUUUAAAUUUUAAUUUUUCACGGCAAAAAGUAAUCAAUUUAUGUUUGACAGUUGUUUAUUUUUUUAAUUCUGUUUUUAUAA